GAUGUUGGGAACAUGUUGCGGAGACAUGGCGAUCCUUCCCGGAUCAAAGACACGUUCUGGCUAUAUGUUGAUGGAAACAUCAAUGGCAGUGGAACGCGUUGAGCGCAUUGAGCGUCAGGCAGAGGACCAAUCGACUCGGAGUUUUCAUUGGCUUGGACGGGAAUGCUAUGGGUCGCCCUUACAUGUUGCAGCUCUGAACGGAGACUUCGAUGAGGUUCAGAAAAUCUUGCAGGAGACGCCGCAUCAGAUUAAUAGUCGGUUCACGUACUUUUCAAGUUGGGGCGAAAAAAAACAAGAAGGAAGCGGUGAAGCAAUUCACUUGGCGGCAUCACGACGAGAGGAAAAGGUCCUGCGCUUGCUUGUGUCUCUUGGUGCAAAAAUCUCAAGCAAGGUGACGCGUGGCGGUGAAAACAACUACGACGUCUUGCAUGCAGCAGUGUACGCAGAGGGCAAAGGUGGAUCUAGCUCCAUGGUAUCCUACUUGCUGGAAAUGAAAGCGGACCCACGGGAACUCAACGCGAAUGGAUUCAGCACUCUGCACCUGGCCCAUCAGACGGGUAGUGUUGAUCUCAUCAAGCUUCUAUACAAAGCAAUUCCCAAUUGGCCUGAAUUUGAGGACUCUUGCGCCAAUGAUGAUCGAGCAGGGCUACCACUUGAAAUCGGCAUUCACUUUGACAAGAUGUCGGAGAUUGAACUUGCCGAAACUGCACCAUUGACUCGCCGCUCUCUGAAACUUCUUAUUUAUCAGCUGCCGCGUUGCAUUCCCAAGUUCCUACAAAGGAUGGGCGCUGACGCAUUGAACGACAUCGACCUAUCUGAGGAUGGAGGCGAUGGCGAGGAUGGAAGAGAGGAUGGAAGAAUGGAUGGAAAGUCAAUUGCCCGAUUCAUCGAACCGGAGGAUAUUGCACGCCUGAUGCGGGAAUGUCCGGAGGCAGCUUGUGCGCUACUAGACUAUUGUUCCUUGAAACCAAAAGUGAUGAGUGGUCACAAUCCAUUGCCCACUCGAGUCAGCUUCGCCCCGAGAACAUGGACGCAGGGUUUGCAAAAAUCGCUCAAUUUACAAAAUGAUUUGCUGGUCUUCCACAAGGAAGCUGAGGUGUGGGAGUACGAUACCUCAAACUUCACCAUGCCCGAGUGGCACUCUGCCAUCACAGAGAGGAAAACGCCUUACAAUCGCAAGAACCACAAAGAGAUCGUGCGCGACGAAAGGAGACGGAGGAGGAUGGCUAGACGAGAUGCUGAAAUCAAGGUUUGUCAUGUCCCAAACCUUUUGACAGCUGAGUACUUCCAGGCGAUAAUCGAUGCAAGCGAAGCCGACCCUGCAUAUGCAAGAUUUGACAAUGACGUGGUCCGUUCGUCUAUUCACUAUGCGUUUUGGCAUGGUGCCUGCAUGUAUGAUGUCUUCCAGGUGGCAAUGAGCUUUUGGGCCGUCUUGAUUCUGGUCUUUGAAACCUGUAUGCUAGUUUUCGAGGAGGAUGUCCACGUUCGUGACUCAAGGAGGUUACAUCCCGGGUCCACCUGGCAAGCCCCCAAGGGUGAAGAUCUGACAGAUGGUGGUGGAUGCUUGCUGUGUGACCUGCAUGUGGCUACCAGUUGGAUUGCUGCAAAGGGCUUGGUCGAUUUCCUCAUGGAGGUUCUUCAAUUCCUUGGCUGCUACACCAUGGGUCAGCCCACCAGCUAUUUUACACUCGGGAAUAUAUUUGAUGUUUUCCGCUCUGUGGCUCAGCAGAUGCUUUUUUGGCAUCCAGGGAGAAAAAUAGUGAACGUGGUUGUCAUCUUCUGUUUAUGGCUCCGAUUGCUCGAAGUCUUUAGCACUGCUGAGAAGGUGGCGAGGGCAAUCCUUCCAAUCCGAGAUUUAGCGAAAGGUUUAGCUCCAGCUCUGGUGGUCUUUUCUGUGGGAUACUUUGCCUUUGCGCAUGCGCUUUUUGCGAUCAGAGAUUCCAAUCAGCCGGUGUGGGGACAGGUCUUCCAUGACAGCUUCUUGACCCUCAUCACAGCUUCCAUUCCGGAAGAUUCGACCCAUGUGUCGAUGGAUGAGCUGUGUCUCUGCUACCUGGCCGUUCUCAUGUUUUCGAUUUUUUUCUUGAACAUUUUCAUUGGCGUCAUUGGGGAACUAUACGAGAGUGAAAAGGGACGAUCUGGGUUGACCUUUCAAGAGCUUCGGGCACAGUCUGUAUUGAGCUUUCAGCUGCGAGCGCAGAUACUGCCCUCUGCUCUUUGCAAUGCUACUCUUGCCCAAGUGAUGGCUUCGAUCAUUUUUUGCAUCAUUGUGGGGAUUCAGUUGUUUUGUGUAGUAACGCGGUGGCGGCUCCCACACUGUGAAAUGAUCUUCACCUUCUUGCAACUUGCGAUGAUCGUUUGCGUUUUUCAGCGUCCUGACGAAGAUUGGCGAUCCCGCGACAAGGGUUCCGUCAAUAAAUACCUCUGGAUCUGCAAGCCUGCCCCUGACGGUGAUGAGGAGGC